UGAAAGAAGCUCUGACAGACCACAGGCACUUCAGAAAGGUGUCCUGUUCUGGAUCUGAAGAAACUGUUCUACUGGCUCUGGUUCGGUUUGAAUCUACAAACCAAACAGAAUUUAUUUCAUCAGCAUUUUAAUCCAUCAGGUCAGAGCUGCAGCAAUGAAUCAUUUCAUUUCCGUGAUGUUUUCACUGCUAGUCUUUACUGGGCUGCAGGUGAGCGUUGAGGCCGCAGGAAUUCGUUUUGUGCGAAGCAUGGACAGACAUUACAGAUCGGAGCUGAAGGUGCCGAACGGAGGAAGAUGGGGGUCGUGGGGUCAAAGGCAAAUGUGUCCGAUCGGAAUGUACGCCGCAGGGUUCAGUCUAAAGGUGGAAGAUCCUUUUAAUUGGGAUGAAACUGCACUUAACGGGAUUCGCCUUCACUGCAUUGAUUCGUCUAAAGGCUUAUCAAGCUCGUAUGAUGUCUACACCUCCAUUCAGUCAGAUGUAGGCAGCUGGGGUCACUGGACAGAUAUCAAAUGGUGUCCUUCUGGAUUCUUGACUGAUUUUCGCCUGAACGUCGAAACACCUCAAGGCACUGGUGACGAUACGGCCGCAAACAACAUCAUGUUUGAAUGCAGUGGAGGGUCUUUCCUGAGGGGUGGCGGUACAGGCUGGGGCUUUUGGGGUGGCUGGAGUGGCACAUGUCAAGGAAAAUGGAUUUGUGGUAUCAGGACGAAGGUAGAAGAGCCGCAAGGCAUUGGAGACGACACCGCUCUCAAUGACGUGAUCAUGUACUGCUGCGAAUAAGGUGUUAGAGGACCACAACAACAACAGCAAGAUGGAUCAUAAUGACUGAUCAGCAUACUGUUAUGAGCUCACAUGAACCAUGUCAUACAACAGCUACUUAUUAUCACAAAAUAAAACCUGAGAUGUGAUCAGGACCUCAACACAAAGCAGAGGCCGACUGUACAUUUCACUUCAUAAUAAUAUAAUAUUAAUGUUUUAUUUAUAUAUUGCCUUUCAAAAGCUCCAGAACGUUUUACAUAAAGCUGAUAGAUAACAUGAACAAUACAAAUAUAGAGUCACAUGAUCAAACAAAUAAAGCAGACAGAGAUCAUCUUACGUAGCAAAAAAGUAUGGAAUUGAAAAGUGAGGCAAACAAUCCAUUAACAAAACGUACUGUCAGUAAGUGAGUUUUGAGAUCAGUUUUAGACAGCACAAAGGUUUUGAGGAAGUUUGUUCCAGAGUUUGGGAGCUAAAAUGCUGAAAGCCCUGCCACCCACACUAGAUAGUCUGAACUUGGGUACUGCAAAUCCUUUCAUAAACAAAAUGUAGAGAGAGUGUAAAUAAGAGCUUCAUUGUGCAGUGAUUCGUUGAUUAUAAUGGAACUUUGUGAGAUCUAAAGAUAAGUGACAGCUUUUAAGGGAGUUUGUAAAUAAUUGAUUUAAUACAACAGCUAAAAAAAUAAAAAGUUAAUGAUAAGUGACUUACAUUGUCUGACUAUUACACUAUCGGCAGAUUUUUCUCUAUUUUGUCAUCACAAAUUGUUUAAAAAAGUCACAACUGAACAAAUGAAUGUGUGUUUUUGAAUGAAUCUUGUGAGUCAAUGAUUCAGUUUUUGCUUUAUUCCUGAAUGAGUCAGCCAUUCGAACGAAUCAAAUGAAUGAAUGAUUCAGUAAUUAAAUCAGUGACUUGCCGCCACCUACUGGCAGAUUUAGUUUCAUUUUUAAAGUAUCUUUUCAGUUAUUUAAAACAUUUAAUAUUUCUGUAUUCAAAAUGUAACAUUUAAAACAUUAAUCUCAACAUGAAUUUAUGAAUUUGAUUGCGCUCAUGCCACCUCUGAGCCUCAUUAAAUACAUGAAAAUACACCUACAAGCCACUUUUGUGUUCUAUGCCACCUUCGCAGUACAAGUUAAUAUUGUUAAUACUGAUUUCAUUUGACUGGUAACUUAUUCUGUUGUUUUGAUUAGAAAUGUAUUUAUUAUUAUUAUAUAUAUUUUUUAAUUUGACAUAAAAGGUAACAUACUUUUAAUAAAGUUAAAACAUGCCAUUACAAAGGUAAAACCUAAAUUCCCCUGUAAAUCACUUUAAGGAGUCAAAUAUAAAAUGUUCAUGCAUUAUAAAGUGUAAAGCUGUCAUUGUUCUAAGGCAUUCUCAUCUAUUAAAAUAUUAAUUUAGCUUGAAAUGA